AUCUUCCUUCAUCCUGAGCUGACCCUUCUCUUUUCUCCUAUAAAUGGGGAAAAAGAAAUUACUUUUUUUUUUAAUUUGAUGAUUUUAAAUCCGAAUUUGUCGAGCCCAAUUUCCAUUCCUGCACCUCUCUCUCUCCACUUGUCAUUCAAGUUUCUCGGGGAAGUCUUAUGAUUCGAUCAGUUCCGUGUCGUGGGUUCGAUUCAGUAGUAGAGGAGAACAGAAACUAAGAUAUGUCCAUUCGGUUUCUCGCACCGUGCCACGUUGUGGUUUGAGAUUCAAGCGGAUUCGGUGAGAAAGAGGAAUCUCUGUUCCUUACCCGAAGAGACUCUGAGGAUACUCUAUAUAAGGAGGCAAUACAGCUCGAGAAUUUCGAGUCUUUCUUCCAGCUUCGGAGCUGGGAAUAGGGGCUUCUGCUGGGACCCGACUAGUAUCCACCGCUCAUUGAAGGCCUCGGGCCUCGGUCGGUGGAUGUGCAGAGGAACAUCGUCCGCGACGGUCAGGAAUGGAUAGGACGGAGAGGCUGUUAAUGGCGGUCCUAUCGGAGACUCAGGCCGGGGCAGAGUCGAUGCUUGGGACCAUCAGGAUCGCGGUGCUUCCCAUCGCGAAGGUCUUCACUAUGUGCUUCCUGGGCUUCCUGAUGGCGUCCAAGUACGUCAACAUCCUGCCCACUAGUGGCCGGAAGCUGCUCAACGGGUUGGUGUUUUCGCUUCUGCUCCCAUGUCUAAUAUUCUCUCAACUCGGGCAAGCCAUUACUUUGCAAAAGAUGAUUCAGUGGUGGUUUAUUCCCAUGAAUAUUGUCCUUGCCACCAUCUCUGGCUCAAUUAUUGGGUUCAUUGUUGCAUCAAUCGUCCGCCCGCCUUACCCGUUUUUCAAAUUUACAAUAGUUCAAAUUGGCAUCGGGAACAUCGGGAAUGUGCCCCUGGUGCUGAUUGCUGCUCUGUGCAGAGACAAAAACAACCCUUUUGGUGAUUUCGAUAAAUGUAGCACGGAUGGCACAGCCUAUAUUUCAUUCGGGCAGUGGGUUGGUGCAAUCGUCUUAUACACGUACGUAUUUAAUAUGUUGGCGCCUCCUCCUGAAGGAACUUUUUACAUCGAAGACGCAGAUCUUCCCGUGAGAAACCCUUUGAAAGAAGGUGCACCAAAUGAAAAGGAUACUGCAUCAGAAAAAAUUCCUCUGCUUACUCAAGAAGCACAACCCGAUCCCGCUCCAGUUAAAAAGGGAAAGAUACGAGAAAUCCUAGAUUUUCUAUAUGAGAAGUUGAAGCUCAAACAAAUUAUUCAGCCUCCUAUUGUCGCUUCGAUUUUGGCACUAGGGCUCGGAGUAAUUCCAUUUUUUAAGCGCUUGUUAUUUACAGCUGACGCUCCUCUUUUCUUCUUAACUGAUAGCUGCAUUAUUCUCGGGGAGGCCAUGAUCCCAUGCAUAUUGUUGGCAUUAGGAGGCAACCUCGUUGAUGGCCCGGGAAGCUCAAAGCUUGGUUUAAGGACCACAGCUGCUAUUAUCUUCGGACGUUUAGUCCUGGUACCUCCGACAGGUCUUGGCAUCGUAAUGCUAGCAGAUAAGCUGGGCUUUCUCCCAGCCGGAGAUAAGAUGUUCCGAUUCGUCCUACUGCUGCAGCACACAAUGCCGACAUCAGUCCUCUCCGGUGCCGUCGCUAAUCUACGGGGCUGCGGUCGGGAAGCCGCUGCGGUGCUGUUUUGGGUCCACAUUUUCGCGAUACUGUCGAUGGCGGGAUGGAUCACCCUCUACCUCAACUUACUCUUUUAAGUGCUCCCAACUAUCCCUUGUCCAGGGAAAGAUUGUCAAGUCAUCCGCCGUUUUGUACCCACACCUUACCCGUUAGUAUUGCAAAGUGCCGACUUACUGAUCAGAUACCCUAGAAUUCUUUCUUUGUAAGAAUGAAGGGAACCGCAUAGUGCGAUACUACUAGAGGAGCGUCUUCCACUUACAAGAUCUAUACAAAAGAGCGCUUGCAAUGUUUCAUGUUCUUCGCUAUUUAUGUUAGUUUAUAGUUCUUUUAUCAUUUAUCAUAUUUAAAUUUUGGCUAUUGAGAAUCUUGUCGUGUGGUACGUACGUGCUGCAAUUAUUGAGAGAGAACAUGGCAUAUAAAGUUGAAUGCCCCUCAAUUAUGCAGUGCGGAUCCCAUGGCCAUGCUAGUGUGAGCUGUAAGUGAGGAUGGUUUCCCACCAUUUUGUCAUCAUAUAUGUUUCUCAUCUA